AUCAACUAGUUAUUUUAAAAAAAUGGCGGAAAGCUUGAGUACUCAUUUGCAUCGAGAGGUUAUUGUACCAACUUAUACUGGUGUACGAUGGAAAGAGAUAACAGUUUAUAGUGGGGCUUCAGCCAGUUUACUUCAAGAUAUCAAGGUUCCGGAAAGCUGCGGAGGCUACAGCUACACAGACAGUGGCAUAGCUGGUUCUCCAGUGUCAAACAGAUACAUUUAUUGGCGAGUGUACAAUGAUGUUCUUGAGUUGGUGGAGCAGUCACUGGAUGUCAGUCUAACUGCCAAUCACAUCCGCUACCGGUUCCAGGACACGCCCAUCCUCGAUGGUGUGUCGAUCCAUGAGUUGCACAACAGCGUUGUCGUGCUGGUGGCCACUGUGGCCAGUGUACACAGACUUGUCUUCCCACACCCGGAGGAAAUCUGCAGACACGAGUCAGCAUUUUCCAUCACAAGUGACUCGGCUGCGCUGUCUGUGUUCCACAAUGCUUCCCUGUCUGACAAGAUGUAUCCCCAGGACAAACAUAUGUUGAAUCCGAGCGGCAACACCAGUUACAGCGUCCUCACAGCAGCUACAUAUGUGACUGGGGAUGGAGACGCACUGUUUGCCCUUGGCACCAGCACAGGGGGCGUUGUUCUUGUCAGGAUGCCACCUGCUGGACUUCAAGGUAUUGUCAUGCAGAGUGAGCUGACCCAGUCGACUGUGAUGCAGAAACUGUGGAAGGGUCUUGUUCCUGUCAUGAUCAGGGGUGGUCAGCAAUCGGCAGAAACUGCGACAUCAAUAGACAUCCAGCCUCUGAGGGGAGACUUCAUUGUUUUCUGUGUGUGUAGGGACCAUAAGCUACGACUUUGGUCUGUCAAGACUCGAGAAUGUGUUUUGGUCUUCAAUCUGUUGGACUGUCUGCCAGACGGAGAUCUCAGUAUGCCACCACUUAGCAGCACAUCUGGUCACACGAUUAAAAAAAUCCAGACGUCAAGUUUUUCCUGUUUAAGAGUGUGUGUGCACCUCAACUUUCCAGACAGAAACCAGUUUUGUCUUCUUGAGCCCCACUUCACCGACGGACGGUUUCAGAUAGCCCGGCUCGUGUCAGUGUAUGGGCCGUCAGAGGACUUGGUUGACUUUUGUAUAUCAUCAGGAAAGCUGUUCACAUUAUGGACUAGCUCAUCAGGAGAAACCAUAUUACGCGCCACACCUUUAUCCUCAGAUCACUCUGAGGGUGAAAGAUGGAUUGAUGUUCUGCUACAACGCCGCGAGGUGGCUGAGAUACUUAUCCCUCCAUUCCAGGACCCAAGUGAUGUUUAUCUCGAACGCAUAUUUCAUCCAGGCAGAUUCAGCAGUCAGGACCUGCUCAAAGCUUUAAAUGUUUACCGCAGAUCUCUGGAUAUGCCUGUACACCCCGACACAGUGGUGAGCAUGGCCGGUUUGAGGGAGGAGGUUGUCGCUGCUGUGGAAUCAGAGAUUCGUAACUGUGUGAUGGACUACGAAGUGCAGGAAGAGGAGUACUAUCAGCUGCAGCUGGAACAGUGGACCAAAUUCUACUCCUGCUGUAUUCAGUACCAAGAGGUUGGUGCCAAAGUGAAAGGUCUUUUUGCCAACAACACUACUGGAUUAGUUGGACUGAUUAAAAAGGACUGCAUGAGUUACGUGCGGCCGUGUGACCAGCUGGAGGAGAUGUAUCUGCUGUCGUCCGGCUGUCUGUCACCGCUCAACCUCGACCUUCUAAAUAUCUCAGUCGAAGACUACGCACUGAGCCAGGAUGUUAAACAGAUUUGUGACUGCGUGUGUCUCAUCAGGGAGGCUAUGACUGAGGAGCUGUGUGCUCAGUUUGAAGCAAAUCUCAUCAUGAUGGAAUCACCAAAGUCACUGGCAGAAAAAGCUGCAGAAUUUUUGUUUUGCAAUAGCAAUGGCGAGAGCUCCGAGUGCCUGGAUCCGUAUGUGAUACCUCGCCUACAGGAGGUGCGCAGACUGCUGCCUGCACUGCACGUCUUGCUCAAGAUGUUGGACCUGCAACCUGAGGGCCGCGAAGACGAAAUGAUGGACGACUCAGUUGCUGAUGCGACUCGCCAGCUUCAAUGCAGUCAUCUGUUUACCAGUUCGACUGCCUCGGCUGUGUUGGCUCAAGUCUUUGAGCAGAUCUCCUCCACCAGGCUGGCUUUCUCACGAGACUUGCUCAUCUUACAGUGUGCCAUUCUCAAACUCCACGACCCAUGUGGAAUAGGUCCUGAGGUAACAAACAAAAUUAAGUCUCAUUUGCUGUCUGAAACAUCUAACCUUAUCCAGAGUUAUCUUCUCCUGGUGUGGACCUCGCAGACUGUCGUCGUGAGCAACCAGACAAGCACACUCGACUUCAACACUCGACAGCUUGCUGCCCUGGAGAUCUCGGACGGUCCUGGAGCCAUUUACCCCAAACAAGGUGUGAGAUACAGCACCCUGGCUGAGCUGUUUAUUGAGGGAGUUGGUGGGACACAGGCUCGAUCCCUGCUCGCUCAGUGUGACAUGAUGGAGAGGGAACCGAAGAUGGUGUGGUCGCAGGUGCUGGUGCCUCUCGUCGGCAUCAUUGCUAAGAUAGUAUGGCCGAAUAGUGAAAACUUUUUAUUCGCAGAAUUUCUGGUCAAAUCUUGUCAGUAUCUCCACCUACAAGAAUAUGUCCGUCUUCUGGCCGGAUGGUGCCCCUUCAAUGCAGCAUCCCGGUGUUUCCUACUUGGCUUGAGUUAUCUGCACUUUGACCAACCUCACCAAGCUGCCCAGUGUUUCAUGCAGGCCACCAGUGGACUCGGAGUAGACACGUUUCUCACAGAAAAACUCCUACAGGCGCCAGACGAUCACCUCCAGAGACUAGAAGUUCUCUAUUUCCUCAAGGUCAUCAAACAGUUUGAAGAAUUUCUGAUGCCUGACAUGGUGAUUGAUCUUGCUCAUGCUGCAAUUGGCCAGGCUGCGGCGGACGACCCGAACCUGGCAACGCUGUGGUCGAAGGUGUUCAAGUACAACCUGGAGCUGGGCCACAACGAGGCUGCGUACGCGGCGAUGGUUGGGAACCCAGACAUGUCACGCCGCCGUGACUGUCUGCGCCAGCUGCUCAUCGUGCUGGGAGACCGCGGGGACCUUGACGCCGUCGUCCGCUUCCCGUACAUCGGCCUGGAGGACGAGGUGGUGUCCAUCCUGGAGAACCGUGCGCGGUCCGUCGACUUGGCCACACACAACUACUACAACCUGCUGUACGCCUUCCACGUGUACCGCCACCGGUUCCGCACUGCCGGCAGUGUCAUGUACGAGCACGGCAAGCGACUGGGCUGCGAGCUGCCCGGACUGAAGGGUCUGCAGAGACAGGCGCAGUGCUACCUGGCUGCUCUCAGCGCACUCAGACUCGCCAAACACGAGUACGCCUGGAUAGUGAAACCUGUACCACCGCCGAAACACAAACCGCUUGGGUAUGAAAGUCCUGAACAUUCACUAAAACAUGGCCUCGAUGGAGAAAACAAACCAGAGCAGCCAUGUGGUCAGAAGAUGGAGAUUUUAGAGCUAGCAGACAUAGAAAGAGAAUACAUGUUGGUGGAUGCUCGCCUUCGUCUGGCGAGACACGAUCAUGACCCUGCAGCUAUGUCAGGUCCAACAGCCGAUGCUGAUGAAAUGGUUGGACUGCUGGUAAAUGCUGGACUCUUUGACCGAGCAGUUGUACUUGCUCAGUGUUUCAAUCUGCCCUUGAACACAGUCUUUGAAAACUUAGCUCUAAGAUGUGUGAACCUUGCAAAGAACAGCUCGUAUUUUAUGAUUGGUGACAACGACUACACGGCCCAAGCCUGGGACUGGCUACAGAAACAGCAGAUAACCGACAACGUGGUGUCCAGAGAUAGCAGUGCUUCAGACCAGGCGUGGGCGAUGCUGCAGAAGUAUUUAGAAUGUUACGAAGAUAAAACCGCUAAAUAUCACCGGUGUACUGGGGAAAAGCUGCUGUCUCAUGGAUUUGCUCUUCCCGCUUGGUUUGUCAACCGGUACAAGAGUUUGAAUGCAGAAGAGUUGUUACGGUUGUACAUUGACUAUGAUCUGUUGGAAGAGGCUCACCAGCUCAGUGUGGAACUGAUUGAUGCUGUGUCAGUCUCUCUGCAAGGGCAGGACAGCAAACUGUUCAGCUUGAAAGGAUGUGUACAUCACAUUCCUCAAGAAGCUUGGAUUCCUUACGUAAGCAUCGACCAGCUGCUUGCAGCCAUUAAAGAUCACCAGGAUGACCCAACAUACAACAGAAUGUUUCAGGAAUUGACAGACAAAAUGGCCGAUUACCAUAGGCUGUUGGAAAGAAUUUCAAACAAUAUCUGUGCAACACAUCCAGUAUCACAGUAGUGUGUCUGCUUUCACUGGUGAUUCGAGGACUGUCGGAAGACAUUUCCAGAAACUGGACAAAUAUCAUUUUCACAUAUUCGACAAACACAGUACCAUCAACAUAGUGAUGUCAUUAUUUUUCAUGCUCAUUCAAUAUUAAAUGUGUUUAUUUUA